AUGACUGAAGGAAACAACAGCAGUGUAGGCCUACUGAAUCGGUCCUUGACGGAUCUGGACCGGUUCAGUAGCAUAGAGGACAUCGACGUGACAGCGGACGGGACUCCGAUUUUGAGGGUGUUCAUCUGCGUCGUUUACUCGGUGGUGUGCGCUGUGGGCUUGGUGGGCAACUUACUGGUGCUGUUCUUUAUCAGAGUGAAACAAGAGCGGAAAAAAUCCAGAAUCAACUUCUUUGUACUUAACUUGGCAGUGACGGACUUCCAGUUUGUAUUGACUCUACCGUUCUGGGCAGUGGACACCGCACUUGACUUCAGCUGGCCGUUUGGAGACGCCAUGUGCAAAAUCAUCAGCUCCGUCACGGUUAUGAACAUGUACGCGAGCGUGUUCUUUCUGACUGCAAUGAGCGUCACCCGAUACUGGUCCGUCGCCUCCUCUCUAAAGGACCGAACUAGGCAAAAGUCCUGCUCUGCCAAAUGGAUUAGCGUGGUUCUUUGGGUAUCCGCAACAAUUGCGACUGCACCAACAUCCAUGUUCUCAACCGUGACAAAUGUAGCGGGGGAAAAACUAUGUUUGCUUAAGUUCCCUGAUGGACAAUAUUGGUUAGCAGUUUAUCACCUUCAGAAAAUUAUAUUUGCAUUUGUUUUACCCAUGGCCAUUGUUUCAGUCAGCUACAUCAUGCUUUUGCGAUUCGUCCGCAACCGUAGUAUGAAAACAAACACCAAACGGACAUCACAAGUCACCAAAUCUGUCACCAUCGUCGUGCUCUCCUUCUUUCUUUGCUGGAUGCCAAAUCACGCCAUCACAUUCUGGGGCGUCCUUGUGAAAUUGAAUGCUGUGCAUUGGGAUAAAUCGUACUACCUAGUUCACACUUACGUAUUCCCUGUGACAGUCUGCCUUGCGCACGCCAAUAGCUGUCUAAACCCUGUAAUUUAUUGCCUAAUGAGGGAAGAGUUUAGAAAGAAACUGAAAGAUUUGUUAUAUGGCGGAUAGUCACUUUACGCAGUGGAAGAAUCGGUUGCCGUUGCCAUUACGCACGCGCUCCCUGUUGCAUAAUGUACCCUAUAGGG